AUGUCAUCCAAAACGAAAGAGCGCAAGACGGCUCCCGUGUCCCACAAAGUGAUCGAGAAAAGACGCAGAGAUCGGAUCAACCGCUGUCUGAAUGAACUUGGCAAAACUGUACCAAUGGCAUUGGCAAAACAGGGCACGGGGAAGCUGGAGAAGGCGGAAAUUUUGGAAAUGACAGUUCAGUAUCUAAGGGCUCUGCACUCGUCCGAUUUCGCCAGAGGAAGAGAAAAAGGCGAACUGCUAGCAGAGUUUGCGAAUUAUUUCCACGCGGGUUAUCACGAGUGUAUGAAGAACCUGGUGCAUUAUUUAACCACGGUGGAGCGCAUGGAAACCAAAGACACUAAAUACGCCCGAAUUCUCGCCUUCCUGCAGUCUAAAUCUCGCCGAUGUUCCGAUCCCAUAUUCGGGCCGAUUUCCUCUCACGACACGGAAUAUUCGUAUCAACUUCACCCUGUUCCAGAGUUUACAAACUCGCGUUUAAACGAGUCCCUGUUGCAGCAAGGGGCUGGGGUGGCAAGAACACAAGCAGUGCACUGGCAUGGGUCAGCUCGGAGUCCGGGACUCCCCUUUAUUCCGAGCCCAACCAUACCGAUUUCAAACCCAGGCCAGCAACAUAAUUUCCUGCAUUCUGUACAAAGCCUUGAUCGCCACUACAUUAAUUUGAUUGGACAUUCCCACCCAAAUGCAUUUAGUCUUCACAACUCUCAGCACACAAAUUUAUAG